AUCAUUUGUGGGGUGGGGAGGAGGUGUGGGCCCUUUUUGCUGGCUGACUGCAAACAUACAGCCCAGUUUAGUAGCAGGGUAUGUGCUGCUGAAGAUGGAAGGUUACAAAAGUUUUCUGUUUUUCCUUGUUUCUUCCCUGGUCUUAGGAUUCACGCUGGUCAUUUUCGCUUUGGUCUGGGUUUUACACUACAGCGACGGGCUGGCAUGGGACGGAGGCAACGCAGAAUUUAAUUGGCAUCCCGUAUUAAUCAUCACAGGCUUCAUCUUCAUCGAAGGGAUCGCCAUUAUAGUGUACAGAUUACCAUGGACCUGGAAAUGUAGCAAGCUGCUGAUGAAAUGCAUCCACGCUGGCCUGCACCUUACAGCAUCCGUUCUCGUGGUGGUGGCUCUGGUGGCUGUAUGGGAUUUCCACAAUGCCAGAAACAUUCCUAACAUGUACAGUCUGCACAGCUGGGUUGGGCUCACUGUGGUCAUACUUUUCUUCUUGCAGCUUGUUGUCAGUAUUGUUGUCUAUCUCCUUCCGUUCACCCCCGUUUCCAUCCGAGCAGCUCUCAUGCCUAUCCAUGUCUAUUCUGGUCUUCUUCUGUUUGGAGGUGUGAUUGCAACAGCACUUAUGGGAAUCACAGAAAAACUAAUAUUUUCAUUGAAAAACCCACCCUACAGUAGCUUUCCACCACAUGGAAUCUUUGUGAACAUUUUGGGGCUUCUAAUUGUUGUUUUUGGUGGACUCAUUUUAUGGAUAACCACACGACCAGGGUGGAAGAGGCCACCGGAGCACGUUGAGAAAGACCAACAUCCAUUUGGUAGUUCUGCCGAUGAGGCUACAACUGACUACAGCAAAGAAAAGUCAGACGUGGAAUUAAACAGUGAAGCCAGAAAAAGGAAUCUGAAAUUAGAUGAGGCUGGGCAGAGGUCCACCAUGUGAGGAUAUUCCAAAGGAAAUAUGUAACGCUUUUGUUGGAAGAGCUUCAGCUGGAUCCCAUAAGAAAUAAAAUUUUUACAGAGGGGAAAUCAAUCAAAAUUUAAGUUAUGACAUACCAUAGAGAUGUGUCAGUGGAGCACAUCAUGGGGUAAGCUUUCACCUCUGUCGAUUUCCAAAAGUAGAGAGCACCUAGACCCCCGCAUGGAACAUUACUGAAAAGCAAACUAAAGUUGAUAUUAAAUUCCUUUAAAAGAUCAUGACGCAUAUGCUCAAAAUCUCCACAGGACCCCAUCUACCUGGUGCCAAAAGGGUGGCAUAUAACGGGCUGGCAUACUUUUUUUUUUUUUUUUUUGCUGUAUUGAAUCAUGUAGUAGGAUACACUAUUCCAUCUAGAGGUGUACAGAAAAAACAUAACAUAGUAUAAGUUUGCCACGUAUACAGUGGCGUCGGUCACAGGAAUCCAAGUUGUGAAGAACGCUUUUGGAACAGUGCAGUCCCUUGGUUCUGGUAGUAGUUCCAAGCUCAUAGAAUACAUUGAUGUUAUCUUCUGACACGUAUCUGUGCCAUGUCAAUUUUGGAUAGAUUUCUCCAACACUGGAACUACACAGCUCACUUUAAUGGGAGCAGCGCUGCAGUAACCACCUCUAUCCACUACACAGUGGAUGGAGCCGCUCACUGCAGCGCUGCUCCUGUUGAAGUGAGCUGAGUAGUUCCAGUGCUGGAGCUGAUCAGAGGGGCUGCAAGUUGUCGGACUCCUAUGAUCAGAUAGUGAUUGCCUAUUCUAAGGGCAACCUCUUUAAGUGUAUUUUGUGAAUAAAAUAUAUACUAUAUAUGACUUUAUAAAUAUAUCUUGAUCAUGUAUAAAAUAGCAAUUAAUCUACUGUAUGUGCAAAAAUUGAUUUGCAAUCCACUCACCAUGAGUAAACAUUAAUUUGUAGUUUUCUUUUUUUUUUUUACCUUUCACAAAUCUGAAAAUCCGUUUGCAAAUUUAUAUUAGUGGUGUAGCAUGAAAUUAGAGAAAAUGUUCUAAUUUUUCCUAGAAACAGUGCCAACCUUGUCCAUGGGCUGUGCCUGGUAUUGCAGUCAGCUCCUUUAAUGGUGAAUGGACUGUGAAAUGUAUAGUGAAUCAGGUACAUCAAAUUCCUAAUGUAUUAAAACCUUUGUAGUAAAUUUUCCAUUCCAAAUGUUAGCUGCUAGUCUACCUGGACACAUAGCUGGAGUUAGUUUUAUUUUUUAUUUUCUUUAAUAAAGUCAUUUUUUGUGAGCUUUCUUACA